GUAAAACGAAAAACAAUACAUUCUUUGCAAUUAUUAGUUCUACCACAGCGUGUAGUAUAAGCGACAGGAUGAACAAAACUAAUAUAAAUUUCCUUAAAAGCAAAGCUCUCUUGCGAAUGAACUUUUUUACUAAAAAACGCGUAAUCGUAUUUCCAGGUAUUUGCAUCUCAGCUUUACUAUUGCUUAUAAUGUAUUCCAAUUGGAGAUUCCUGAAAAUGAAUCGGACAUUGUUUGAAAGUUUUAUGUUGAUGCAGGAGACUAGCAGCGAGCGAGCCAUUGGUAUAUCAAUGCUGCACCCCAAUGAAUAACUCGAUCCGGACGAAUAUAUUCUUCCUGAAAACUCACAAAACCGCCAGCACGACUGUCCAAAGUGUUAUUCUAAAAUUUGCCAUUAUGAACUCACUCGAUGUAAUGCAUGUGAUUUAUGCGUCUUACUAUUCGCCGUUUUCGGACUCGUCAAUAGAUUCCAAAUUGGUGACACCCAACAAUAAAUACAACGUGUUCGCGGAACAUGCGCGUUAUGACUCCAAUAUUAAAUUAUAUCAAUACCCUGAUACAUCGAUGGUGACAAUACUGCGACAUCCGGUUAAAUUAUUCCAAUCGGUAUACUAUUUCUUUCGAAUGGACACGACCACAGGUAUGACUUUUGAACAAUUCUUGAAUAUGCCAGUCAAGCCUGCAUCUCUAACGGGUUUCGAUAGCCAAAAAGCGUACAGAGGAUACAAUCAAAUGAGCGUAGAUUUAGGAUUCGAUUUGGCACAAAGUAAGAAUACAACCGCUGUAACCGAAUUUAUAGCGAAAAUCGAUCGAGAAUUCGAUUUCGUCAUGAUAACCGAACACAUGGACGAAUCGUUCGUUUUAUUGGCCAAUUUAAUGGGAUGGCCACUGGAGUAUGUCGCUUCUUUGAAACUAAACGUCAGGCUCCCAGAAUUAGACCCGUAUAUUCUGACACCGCGGGAUGAAUUAACUAUACUCGAUCUCAAUCAAAUCGAUACUCAAUUGUACAACCAUUUUCUGGAAAAAUUUCAAAAAUGCAAGAGGCAAUAUGGCGAAGAUAAUCUGAACCGACAAGUUCGACAGUUGCAAACCAUCAAUAAAAGUUUGAAAGAGAGAUGCGUAGCUGAAGAAGUUACAGGUUUCAACAAGGGUAAGGCAGAAAGACUCGGAUACGUGCCUAAAAAUCGCUCCGACAAAGAAUGCAUUUAUUCGACGGAGUUGUACUUGACAAGAACUACUCGUAAGCUACAAGCCAACCACCUGAAUAAAACAUAUAUGAAUCGUAACAACAAGAUGUGGAAUAACUUACUCAAUUGAAUGGUGCUUUUCAAGAAGGCCCUAUCGACAAAAAACUGGUUUUGAGAAAAACGCAUUUUUAUAUUUCAGUGUUUCGCCAUUUUGGUUUAAAAUGAUAUAGCGAGCUCCGGUUUUUUUUUGUUGAAUAGAAGCAUCUUUCCACUAUUUAUUUCCUGCGUAGUAAUUUCUUUUCCACCACCAACAUUUCCAUGGGAGCGCUUUACAAAAGAGACCUCGAUAGGACCUUCUUGAAACGACGGGACCUUCUUGCGGUUAUUCACCUAAAAAUCAAUUUGAUUCCUUCUCAAACCCACCAAAAACAUGAAAUAGUCACUCUUGAGAAGUAAUUUUCAACGCAGAAUUCAAAUUUUGAGUCAAUUUUGCCCCUCGACCCCCAGGGGGGUGGUACCAAAUGAAAAUUUGGGGAAAAUGUGAAAAAAUCGAGUAUAGUGUCAAAAUCUUGAUACUUUGAGUUAAAAACCACGAUUUUUGAGUCAAUUUCCCUCGUAGCCCCCCAGGGGGGUGGUACCAAAUGAAAAUUUGGGGAAAAUGUGAAAAAAACAAGUAUAGUGUCGAAAUCUUGAUACUUUGGGUUAAAAACAACGAUUUUUGAGUCAAUUUCCUUCGUAGCCCCCCAGGGGGGGUGGUACCAAAUAAAAAUGCGAAAAAAUCGAGUAUAGUGUCGAAAUCUUGGUACAUUUGGGCUGAAAACCCGAUUUUCGAGUCAAUUUUGUCCCUCGGCUUCCGGGGGGAGGGAUGUGGUACCUAAUCAAAAUUUAGGAUAAAAGUGAAAAAAUUGAGUACUUUAAUGUAAUAUCUUUAAUACUGUAGGGCAGAAGUUUCUUCCGCCAGCAUUCCCCAAAACGACGAAUAUGAAAAAUUAGGUAUGCAUUUUAGUGUAUGUAAAACAACUGCGAUCGAUUUACCUGCGGAAACCUGCGAAAAUCUGUAUCAUCUCAUACUUUGGCCAUGCAUGUGUGAGUGCGCACUCGAUUUUUUCACUGUUUUCCCCAAAUUUCGAUUUGGUACCACCCCCUUCCUCCCUGGCGUGCGAAGGACAAAAUUGACUCGAAAAUCGUGUUUUCAGCCCAAAUGUACCAAGAUUUCGACACUAUACUCGAUUUUUUCGCAUUUUUAUUUGAUACCACCCCCCCUGGGGGGGUUACGAGGUAAAUUGACUCAAAAAUCGUUGUUUUUAACCCAAAGUAUCAAGAUUUCGACACUAUACUCGAUUUUUCACAUUUUCCCCAAAUUUUCAUUUGGUACCACCCCCCCUUGGGGUCGAGGGGCAAAAUUGACUCAAAAUUUGAAUUCUGCGUUGAAAAUUACUACUCAAGAGUGCCUUCUGGUAUAGUUGUGAUCAACCAUUUCGGAGAAGAAGGUAUGCGCGCAUUUUCCAGUUGCGUUUCCUAGCCAACUUCAUAUAGCUGCUGUUUGUGAACUACACCACAUGGAGCGCUGCGGUUUGCAGCAUCUUGUGUAGAAAACGUCAGAGAUUCAAAUUUCAUGAACUCCUCAAAAAGGUCCUAUCGGUCGAUAGGACCUUCUUGAAAAGCACCAUUCAAUUGGUAAUUGGCUCAAGAAUCGAAACGAUACGACUUUCGAACCAUACAACAAUGAAGGGCGGUUUUCCAAAAAGCGAUAAGUCAAAAAUCAUGAUUUCGAGAUAAAUGACGUUUUUAGUGCCCAUUUGAAGCCAUGAUGCACUUGGAGUAUGCAACCUGUCCUGCAUGUUGCAUUAGGUCUACCUCAACACGUAUGUGUUGGUUUCGCGGUGUAACUCAAGUUCGCAGCGCUUCUGCGGCAGAAAAAGUAAACUGACUUAUCGACUUUUGGAAAAAUGAUUUUUCAGUUUUUCAUUUAUAUGAUAAAACCAGUGGUGCAAAUUGAUGUAAGUCAACUGUUAAUCACAAAACAAAAGUAGAAAACCAAAAAAAAUCGAUUACAAAAAAUUUAACCUGUAUUUUUAUCAAAAAUUAUCCAUUUUGGCAAUCAAAUAAAAACAAAAGUACCUAUAUUACGAUACUAUCUAAGUAUUGAAAAAAAAACAAUUUUCACAGCUCUACUUCAACGAACACGAAGUAUUACAGUAGGUACAAAAAAUUUAACCCAUAUUUUUAACACCAAAUUCAAAGGUUCACUGGAUAAAUGGUGACUUAUCGCGUUUUGGAAAAACGAUUGCGAUCUGCUUUUUACGGAAAAGCUGGAUUGCGAGUAAAUAAAUAGGUAUUUUGGGUAGGUUAGGCAUUAAAUAGGUGAGAUACAACCUACAGAACACAAUUGCGAGAAAAACUCAAUUUUCAAAAAACUUGACUUAUCCACUUUUGGAAAACCGCCCUUCAAAUAAUCGUCUCACCUUCAACAAGAAAUUGAGGCAUUAAAAGUUUUUCUAAUGAGGUCAGGUGGUGAAUUUGUGAAGCAAGUUUUUAUCAAUUUGACUUUUGCAUUUUUUUCUCCAUCUUUAAAUUUGGCUUUGGAAAUCCAAAAAGUAAUGGUUUUUUUAAAGAAAAUCCUCAAUUUCGAAAGUGAGCGAUACUCAAUAUCAACUUUUUAAAAAUCAAACACCAUUGUAUGUACUUAUACGUCUUCAGUUCGACUUCUCUAACGUAAAUUCCAAAGAACCUUGUCUGUGGAACUUCUCCCAGGCAUUAAAGGGUUUGUUCUGGAUGUACAAGCCCAAUGGGAGAAAAGUGGAGAAAAAUUUUCUUCCAUUAAAAUUGUUCACAUUUGUUGAAAAGUACUGCAAGUUGAUUUCUUAUUCUUGAAUUUGUAAUCCGACUCCGUUUAUAAGCUGGAUUUUCUUCGCGGUUCCAUAAUAAAUUUCUGGAAUGAUUUGCUCAAAAGUUGAGGAAAUUCAUCGAAUAGCUCGGCGAAAAAUGUAUCAAGGUGAUCAGUAACUAGUAACUUCAUCAAAUUUCUGGGAGACUUCCUUCUUCAUACACAUUACUCUCGUUGUAUGUCAUCACUCAUCUGCUAUUUACGAUUCGAUCAGACAGCUGCACUGCAAUUACUUCAAAUCUAUACGUUUCUUUUCUUUCUGGAUAGCAUUACGAUUGAAGAUAAGCAUGAUGAUCCUUUGACAACUUCGUUCUUCAAUGGUGAUUUUUCAGUCGAUUUUACGAAUAAAUACAAUAUUUGCAAAAACACUGCGCAUUUUUUUUUUAAAUUUUAUUUGUUUGACGGGACUCAGUUGACUCUUUUGAAGGCUUAGAAUAGUAUCUCUUCCAAUUUUGACACAUUUUGAAGUGAGAAAGUUUUUAGGUACAUAGUGUUUUUAACUACAUACAUCAGGUUCAGCGCAAAAAUCAGAUUAGAAAUCAGUCAAAAAUGCUGAAAGUGGUUCGCAACUGACAACAAGAAUUCAAGUUCGGGCUUCAACAGGUUGUGAUUCAACAUUUCUAGAACGUUCUCCAAGUUCUUUAAUU